UUUAAAAUCACAUGGAUUAUUUUUUGUUGUUUAUUUGACGUGUCUCCUAUGUCAUAUUAUUCAUAAAAUGACGUGACAAAUUCAAUUAAUCAACAAAAAUUAAUCGACGAGAUAACUGGAUAAAAUAAUCCCAGGAAAUGUUAUUAAGGUCUAUAUAUUUAUUCUGAAGACUAUUUUUUUUUCUGUUCAUCAAAAGAGAAGUAAAAAAUAUUAAAAAUGAGGCGAUCACAUUCUGGUGAGAGGGCUGGUUACAGUUACGAGCCCCUGCCAACUUCAUCGCGUACUCACCUGGAGCACGAGAAUGACCAACUGGAAGAUGAUCUUAGUGAUAAAAUUCAUGCGCUUAAAACUUUGUCUAUUGAUAUUGGAACUGAAGUUAAAUAUCAAGAUAAAAUUCUCAGAGAUAUGGAUGAUGAUUUCGAACGAACAAGUGGUUCGCUGACGUCCUCCGUAGCUCGAGUGAUCAGAAUGGCCAAAGCUGGACACAAUUACUACAUAAUAUAUUUAUUUUUAUUCGCUAUUUUUGUCUUUUUCGUUUUAUGGAUCGUAUUAAAAUUCCGCGGGUAAAUUAAUUAUUUAAAUAAAAUAAUAAAUAUAACCAGUACUGUAAUUUUUAAUCAAAUAAGCCAAUUUUUAUGAUAGAUAUUUGUAAUUUAAAUAUAAUGUAUAUAUAAAUUAUUUUUC